CUCUUUUCUCUUCUAUAAAAUCAAUCAACAACCACAUAACAUACACACAAAAAAACAACCAAAUCAAAACAAAAGAAACCUUUAGCUAGCUUAAUCUCUCUUUUAUUAAGAUGAAUAAAAAAAGCGAAAAUGAAACCCUAAACACAGACACAACAACAGCUGCUAUAAGUAGCAUAAAAAACAGUAGCACUGGUGGAAUUGGAAGCCUCAUAAAACUACUCCCGACAGGGACAAUAUUCUUAUUCCAAUUCUUAAACCCUGUUGUCACCAACAGUGGUCACUGCAAAACCAGCAACAAGUACCUUACCUCAAUUCUACUUCUUACAUGCGGUUUCAAUUGUUUCUUUUCAACUUUCACAGAUAGUUACACAGGAUCUGAUAAAAAGAGACACUAUGGCAUUGUGACAACCAAGGGAUUAUGGCCUUCACCCGAGCCGACGAGUUCAGUUGACUUAUCAAAGUAUAGGCUUAGGGCUGGUGAUUUUGUGCAUGCUGCUUUGUCUUUGCUUAUUUUUGCAAUACUUGGACUUCUUGAUACAAAUACUGUCCACUGUUUUUACCCUUCUUUUGAGUCAACUCAGCAGCGUCUUCUGCAGGUUUUGCCUCCAGUUAUUGGUGUGUUUGUUGGUUGGAUAUUUGUGAUAUUUCCACAACAUAGACAUGGAAUUGGAUAUCCUGUUACUACAGAUGAUUCUCAUGAAUCAUCCCGAAUAUCUAAUAAUACAGAGGAAUCCCCACAAAAUCCAACUCAUAAUGUUUAGGUCUUUCUAGGGUUUACAGUUUGUGUUGGUGUGUGAGUAUCUUGUGUAAAACAAUAUCACAAAUCAUUCUGAAAGAUAGAUUUCACUAUUUCA